GAGGGGUGACGGUCUUUCCAUCCACUCAAGGGGACAGGCAAUUCGAUCGUCCUAAUAUACGCACAUGUCCGAGCAUCUUCAUCAUGCACAACGUCAAUAAUGACAUCGAGGCGGGGGACUCGGAAACAAAUCGAUGA